GCGGAGCGCGCGCGCGGGACUUUCGAGCGUCCGGCCCGGGAACUCCACCAGCCAUGAGCCUCUGGGCGGACAAGUACCGGCCCUGCUCGCUGGCGCGGCUGGACUACCACAGGGAGCAGGCGGCCGAGUUGCGCAGCCUGGUACAGUGUGGUGACUUUCCUCAUUUGUUAGUGUAUGGUCCGUCAGGUGCUGGUAAAAAGACAAGAAUUAUGUGUAUUCUACGUGAACUUUAUGGUGUUGGAGUGGAAAAAUUGAGAAUUGAACAUCAGACCAUCACAACUCCAUCUAAAAAGAAAAUUGAAAUUAGCACUAUUGCAAGCAAUUACCACCUUGAAGUUAAUCCCAGUGAUGCUGGAAAUAGUGACCGGGUCGUAAUUCAGGAGAUGUUGAAAACAGUGGCACAAUCACAGCAACUUGAAACAAACUCUCAAAGAGACUUUAAAGUGGUUUUGUUGACAGAGGUUGACAAACUCACCAGAGAUGCUCAACAUGCCUUGCGUAGAACCAUGGAAAAAUAUAUGUCUACCUGCAGAUUGAUCUUGUGUUGCAAUUCUACAUCUAAAGUGAUACCACCUAUUCGUAGUCGAUGUCUGGCAAUUCGUGUGCCUGCUCCCAGCAUUGAGGAUAUUUGCCAUGUUUUAUCUACUGUGUGCAAGAAGGAAGGUCUGAAUCUCCCUUCACAACUGGCUCGUAGACUUGCAGAGAAGUCCUGCCGAAAUCUCAGAAAAGCCCUACUCAUGUGUGAAGCCUGCAGAGUUCAACAAUAUCCUUUUACCGAAGAUCAAGAAAUCCCUGAAACAGAUUGGGAGGUGUAUCUGAGGGAGACUGCCAAUGCUAUUGUCAGUCAGCAGACUCCACAAAGGCUCCUUGAAGUUCGUGGAAGACUCUAUGAGCUUUUAACUCAUUGUAUUCCUCCUGAAAUAAUAAUGAAGGGCCUUCUCUCAGAACUUUUACAUAAUUGUGAUGGACAACUGAAAGGAGAAGUGGCCCAGAUGGCAGCUUACUAUGAACAUCGUCUGCAGCUGGGUAGUAAAGCCAUUUAUCACUUGGAAGCAUUUGUGGCCAAAUUUAUGGCACUUUAUAAGAAGUUCAUGGAAGAUGGAUUGGAAGGCAUGAUGUUCUGACAUUUACCAGUAAUUCUUCUUUAUAUGUCUCACUAUCAGCAUUUACGUUCAGUUUAUAUUGCAGGAGCUGCAGGUAAAAUAAACUAACUUUACUUAA